AUGCGUGUUUUCGUAACGGGGGGUGCUGGCUUGAUUGGCCGUGUUCUCGUCAAAGAACUCCUUGACCAUGGCCAUCAAGUCCUUGGACUUUCUCGUAGCGCUGCCAACGCGGAGGCACUGACCAAGGCCGGGGCCGAAGUUCACCAAGGUGAUUUGGAAGACCUCGAGAGCUUGAAAAGCGGUGCUCGUUCCACAGACGGCGUCAUCCACCUAGCCUUCGUGCAUGACUUCAGCGACUUUGCGAGAUGCGUCAACAUCGAUAGGGCAGCCAUUGGGGCUAUGGGUGAAGCUAUGACUGGGACAGGAAAACCUCUCAUCAUUGCUUCAGGGACAUUGGCGAUAUGCAAUGGGAAGCUGGCGACCGAAGAUACGGACCCUGAACGCGACAACCCUAUGGCGAUUCGUUAUUUAUCGGCUGAUUUGGUUUACCAACUUUCAAAGGAGAAGCAAGUACGAGGCUCAGUCGUCCGUCUAGCACCAGUUGUCCAUGGGACUGGAGAUUGGGGUUUUGUUCCAAUGCUCAUCGGCAUAGCGCGGAAAAUUGGCUAUGCCCCAUACAUUGGUGAUGGCUCAGAGCGAUGGCCUGCUGUCCAUAAAAAGGACGCAGCGGUGGUAUUCCGCCUUGCGCUGGAAAAGGGCGCGUUUGGCUCGACUUACAAUGCUGUUGCUGAACAAGCAAUACCGACCAAGGACAUAAUGACGGCAAUCGGCAAGCGUUUCCAGCUCGCAGUCAAAAGUAUACCUCCCAAUGAAGCGGCAGAAACGAUGGGUAUAAUGGCACACCUCCUCGCAUUGGACCAACCCACAUCCAGCGAGAAGACACAAAAGGAGUUGGGCUGGAAGCCAUCGCAAAUCGAACUUCUGGCUGAUAUAGAAGCGAACUACUAA